AUGUCCUCCGCGUCCUCCUCCACCGAACGCAUCCGCCCCGUGGCCCCGCAGGAGGGCUCUCCCACGCAGGCAAUCUACACGUCCGGCAUCAUCGACGAGGGCUCGUGCCUGCUGCGGGACUACAGCCUGCCGACGAUCCCGGAGAAGGAGGAUGGCGGGGUGGUGUUUCUGCGGUACUCGCUGGGCCGGUGGCACACGGUGCGCAUCGAGCGCGGGGACAUGAACGACGACGACGACGACGAGGUUGUGGUGGACGAGGACGAGGACACGUUCCGCAUCGUGCCGCUGCGGGAGCUGUACAUCGGCGACACGAUGGUCAUCCGGGGCGUCAACUUCCCGCCGGGGGAGGCGGACGGGAUCCGGGUUGUAAAGUUUACAGAGUGCUCCGUCAAGAUCGUCCAGGACUUCCUCAAAGCCAUCUCCGAGUUCAUGCGCAUCCCCGACAGCACGCUGAUCCCCGCCCCCGGCUCCCAAGGCCCGCAGCCCCUCCUCGACUCGCCCAACCUCACAAAGUACGAAAGCUACGUCCCCGGCAAAGACUUUGUCACGGGCGUCUCCCUGCGCGCCUCCUUCCAGCCGCGCAAAUACCUGACCCUCUUCGCCGCCUUCCCGUACCUCGGCCUGGGCACCGCCAAUGGCACCGGCAGCCUGAGCCUGCGGCAGUACCGGUAUCUCGGGACCGCCUCGCCAGAUGUGGAUAUGGGAGACUCGCGGAAGCGCAUUCUGGUGAACCAGGGGUGGUUCUUCAUCUUUGACAACAGUAGCUCUCCCGUGCAUGGUGGUGGUGGUGGUGGUGGUGGUGGUGGCAACAUUGCAAUGUUCACCUCCGCCGACGAGGACUCUGCGCCGCUGUUCCCGUACCAGCGCCGCCUCGGUGGCUUCCACCUCCUCGUGCACAUGAUCGCCAACAUCCUCACCUCCUACGAGACCUCGCCGCUGCGCGAGUUCCGCAAGAAGGUCGCGCGACAAGAAAUGCAAAUCCAAAGCCAGCUCGCAAAGGACCUCCUCACCCCCGACAAAAGCAUCAAAUCCACGCACGCCGAGCUCGAAGCCGAACAACGCAUCACCGAGGACCUGAUCGAGGCGUUCGAGGAAUCCCUCGCCGACAUCGCCAUCAUGAAGGCCGUCGUGCAGUCGCAGAUCCAGAUCCUCGAGGACCUGCGCGAAAUCUUCCAGAACUCGUUUAAAUUCGAGAAGGGCGUGGGCCGUCCACGGAACCAUCGAAACGCCGUCAAGAUCCCGUACAUUAUGGAUGGGAAGGAGCAGAUGCGCAAGGCGGUGGUGACGCUGGAUGCGGUGAUACGCGAGAGGAGGGAGUUUCGGGAGGAGUUGAGUGUGUGGUUGAAGGAUUUGAGGAAGUCGAAGAUCCUGACUUCACAUGAUAGCCAAACCGUCACGGCAAAGGAGGCCUUGAAACAGGGCGAAAUGAUGCAGAAAGCAAUCACGCAGCAAGGCCAGACCAUCUCCGUCUUUACCCUCAUCACCACCAUCUUUGUUCCCCUCGGCUUCUUCACUGGCUACUUUGGCAUGAGUCUCUCCGGCUGGAAAUCCUCCGUCGCCACCCCCGCCGAUUUCUGGGCCAUCUCUGGGCCCGUCACGCUCCUCAUCAUGCUGCUCAUGUCCUACUUCCUCUACGGCCCCGACGACUGGAUCAAAGAGGGGCUCGCGAGCAGUUUCCGCUGGACAACCCGUGUAUGGCGUGGCUGGCGACAGCCAAAGGGGCACAAGGCAAAGUCGCCGGGUAGGCUGGAGUCGGCGCCGGGCCCGAGUCCAGGGUGGAAUAGGCUGUCGUCGAAUCGCUUCUCGUCGAUGAGUGGGAUGGGGCUGGAGAAAACUACGGGGCCGGAGGGGCCGUGA